GGUCCGCCGCACCAGCCACCGCGGCGAAUUCGAAUCCUCCACCAAAUCUCUCCUAGCAGCUGAGUCUUCCUCCUCCCCGGCUUCGGCGAUGUCUGGGCGCGGCAAGGGCGGCAAGGGGCUCGGCAAGGGCGGCGCGAAGCGCCACCGGAAGGUGCUCCGCGACAACAUCCAGGGCAUCACGAAGCCGGCGAUCCGGAGGCUGGCGAGGAGGGGCGGCGUGAAGCGCAUCUCCGGGCUCAUCUACGAGGAGACCCGCGGCGUGCUCAAGAUCUUCCUCGAGAACGUCAUCCGCGACGCCGUCACCUACACGGAGCACGCCCGCCGCAAGACCGUCACCGCCAUGGACGUCGUCUACGCGCUCAAGCGUCAGGGCCGCACCCUCUACGGAUUCGGCGGCUGAGCGCGUCCCCUACCUCGUCUGCAGCUGUUGAUGGUGGUGCUUUGUUCCUUUGUGUUCCCUGUGCUGUGCUUUUCCUCUGGCGAUGUAGAGAGGUCAGAUUCAUAGAUGAUUGAUCUAUGGUGUGCUUUAUUCCUAGGUGGUGGAUGCUAUGUAAUGGUCUAAUUGAAGUUCAACUCCUUGUUAAAUCUCAGCUGGCUUCCCUCGCUGCAAAGAAAUGUUAACCCUGAUCAGAUAGCAAUUCUCAUGGUUCCUUUUGCA